AGUGUUAUGGGUUUCGAUGUGACGAGGUUCCAGGGGGAUGUGGAUGAGGAGCUUCUUUGUCCCAUCUGCUCCGAGGUCUUGGAAGAUCCACUCCAGGCUCCCUCCUGCGAGCAUGCCUUCUGCAGUGGGUGCAUUAACGAGUGGUUGUCAAGACAGCAGACAUGUCCUGUUGACCGCCAGACUAUCACAUCCUCACAGUUGAAGCCUGUGCCAAGAAUACUACGAAGCUUGCUGUCAAAACUGUACAUAUCCUGCGACAACAAGCCUCAUGGAUGUGCUUCCGUGGUGAAGCUGGAUGCUCUAACGUCUCACCUGGAGGAAUGCGAGUUCAACCCCAAGAGACCCGUGCCAUGUGAGCAAGGAUGCGGCCUAGUCGUACCAAAGGAUGAGUUAAAGGACCACAACUGCCUUAGAGAAUUGCGCACCUUAAUACAAAACCAGUCUGGGAAAAUUGCCGAGUUGCAGCAGGAACUUGCGGAAAAUAAAUACCAGCUCAAUGAACAGAAGAGGGAAAUACAGCUCUUAAAGGAUUUCAUGCGAGCCAUGCGGAUCAGCAACCCACAGAUGAGAGCUAUUGCAGACCAGAUGGAGCAGGAUGAAGUGGCCAGGUGGGCUAGCUCUCUCGCACGUGCUCGAGUUACGCGCUGGGGCAUGAUCUCCACACCUGAUGCCAUGCUACAGGCUGUGAUUCGUCGAGCCCUGAGUGAAUCUGGGUGCCCGCCACACAUAAUUGAUCAGCUGAUGGAGAAUGCGCAUGAGAGGCGAUGGCCGCCAGGGUUGUCAACGUUGGAGACCAGACAGAUGAACCGCCGCCACUACGAGAGCUAUGUGUGCAAGCGAGUCCCGGGCAAACAGGCAGUGGUAGUCAUGGCUUGCGAUAAUCGCCACAUGAACGAUGACAUGCUCUUAGACCCUGGCCUUGUCAUGAUCUUUGCACAUGGGAUAGAGUGAAAGAGGAAGAGGAACAGAAAGAGAGGAAGAAAGGACAGGAAGAUUGGAAAAAGGAAGACAGGAAUAUGCAAACAAAGGAAGGAAAGUUGUUGUGCGCUCGCGGAUGGUGCUAUAUCAAAUCUUUUUACCUGUACAUAGUUUCUCUCUCAUUUUUUUUCCUUUUUAUGUUAUUGUUAUGUGUGUCUUAAUCUUGAAGACUUUUUGUUGUAGCAAGUAGGUAUUAUGAUGACUAUGAUUUUUUUUUUUUUUUUUUUUGUUACUUAAUAUGCUGCUGAGAAAAAAAAGAACCAGUGAAUAAAAUUUAUGCUGUUAUAGCCUGUAAUGUUCUUAAGAAUACACUGACUUGGUUUUAUA